CGGAGGGCUGCGGCGCCGGCGCGCGGAGGCUGUUGCGCUCAGAGCACCUGCGCCCGCGCUCCGUAGCGCCGCUCGCCGCGUGCUCGAGUCCCCGCGCCCGGCAGCGCCGUGCCCUAGCGUCGCGACGCCGCCCACGAAGUUGAAGUUGGUGGAGUCAAGUGUAGAGCGGGGUGCUCCUAAGUGGAGCCUCCGCCCGCACGAAGACGUCGCCAAUAGCGUUAAAACGCGGCGUGAUGUCCGCUUCACCGCCGCACGACGAGCGCGCGCGCACGCCCCGCGCCGGCUGUUCCCCGAGCUCAGCGCCGCGCUCGCCGGCGCCCGCACAUGCCGUCCUCGCCACCAUGACUCCGGUUCAGCCGGCACACGAUUACUACCCGCACAAAGUAGAGAUGGACUCGGAUGAUGGUUACCCACCCGACCCUCACUCCUACCGCCAUUCUCCCCACGAGCUCGCCGCUUAUGCUCCAGACAACAAGGUGCCCGUGCAGCCUGACGUCUAUGACCAGGGGAUGGAGUCGAUAGACGAAAAGACGCCGAUAGAUCUCAUUUAUGCAGAUGAUAAACAGACCGUGAUAUACACGACGACUCCGGAUCAGAAACGCGUGGAAAUGAUUAGUGAACAACUCGACGAUGGCCAUCUCGUGAGCGGGGGUGGGCAGCUGGUGGACGGCGUGUCGGUGGUGGUGGGCCCGCCUGGUCAGGCCGUGGUAGUCAUCGCGGACCAUGUCGUCGACGAGCUCGGACAAGUCAUUCCGAUACCCAGGAGACGUAAAGAAGCCAUGGAAGUUGGCGGGGAAUGGCGUGCUUACUACUCAAGUGGGGCCGAGCACCCCCUGAGCGCAGCCACCUCUGCAGUGCUGGGAGUGGCGGAUGAUCAACCCCAGGCCCUGGAGUAUUACAAACUUCCUCCACUGGCACAGGACACUCACCUCAGUCUGCAUAAGGAAAACGCAAAACUAAUUGAUGUUUGGCCGGCUGGCAGCGCACUGAAGGCGACCAAUGGCGCGCACGGGGCGGAGCUGAGCGAGCUAUCGGGGCUUCUCCACGCCGGGCUCGUGAAGCGCGAGCCCGAGGACCUGAGCCGCAAGGUGGUCGACGAGCCGGAGCCGCACGCGCUCAAGCCGCCUCGACACAAGGUGGCGGUCGGCGAUCCCGGCGAAGCGGCGUCGCCGUCCCCGGUGCCAUCGCGCGCCUCUUCGGCCGGCUCCUUGCUGCCGGACGCUACGAUGUACGCCGCCCAGAUGUUCGCGCCGCCAGGCACUCCCAGUCCCACUCCAUAUGGCGACCAAUAUUCACGUCAACCGGCCAAUUUUACCACCGAAACGUACUACAGAGAGUACUACGUUGGUGAUGGUUAUCAGCAAAGAGCUGCACCGCCAUAUGGGGACGCGGAGUCGGCUCCCACUUCCGCCUUUGGAGAGCGAUAUGCGGCCCCUCGAUACCAUAGCAAGAGUGUCAUCGCAGCCGCGGGAUUGACAGUGGACCUGCCUUCUCCUGAUAGUGGCAUCGGGGCAGAUGCUGUCACUCCAAGAGAUCACACCGCCGUUCAGCAGUCGUUCGACUACACGGUGAUCUGCCAGCAGCCCGGCGUGGCGGAGGACGGGCGAGGCACCCCGUCGGCGCACCACUCUCCCGCGCAGCCCCCAAGGACGCGGCCCUGGCAUGACUUCGGAAGGCAAAAUGACGCUGACAAAAUACAAAUCGCCAAACUGUUUUCCCCGUACGGUUUCAAGUACCACUUGGAGACGGCCAGCAGCAGCUCGCAGCGACGCGAGGACGACCGCAUCACCUAUAUCAACAAGGGACAAUUCUAUGGCAUCACGCUCGACUAUACACAUGAUCCGGAUAAACCGCUCAAAAAUCAAGCAGUCAAGAGCGUGGUAAUGCUAAUGUUCCGAGAAGAAAAAUCGCCUGAGGAUGAAAUAAAAGCCUGGCAAUUUUGGCACGGCAGGCAGCAUUCCGUCAAGCAGAGGAUAUUAGACGUCGACACUAAGAACAGCAUCGGGCUGGCCGGCUGCAUCGAGGAGGUGGCGCACAACGCCAUCGCCGUCUACUGGAACCCGCUCGAGAGUGCCGCAAAGAUUAAUAUUGCGGUUCAAUGCCUGAGUACGGACUUCAGCAGCCAAAAGGGAGUUAAGGGUCUUCCACUUCACAUUCAGAUCGACACAUUUGAGGAUCCAAGGGACACGCAAGUCUAUCAUAGAGGAUAUUGUCAAAUCAAGGUCUUCUGUGAUAAGGGUGCCGAAAGAAAAACGAGAGACGAAGAAAGAAGAGCAGCCAAACGGAAAAUGUCAGCAACCAAUAGGAAAAAAUUGGAUGAAAUAUACCAUCCUGUCACAGAAAGGAGCGAGUUCUAUUCAAUGGCGGAUUUGACAAAACCACCAGUUCUAUUCAGCCCGGCUGAAGACAUAGACAAGUUGGCUGGAAUGGACAUCCAGGGUUUCUACGGGCAUGAUGAAGCGUUAGCAGAAGCACAUUUAAAAGGAGCAUCACCAUUCCUCCUGCACGCAGCCAAACCUCAAGCACCAGCCCUUAAAUUCCACAAUCAUUUCCCACCAGAUGCGCCAGCGUACCGAUCCGAUGUAGGUGGUUUAUCGCCAUACAGCGACCGUAAGGACUCGUUGGAGUUGGAGAGCGUGAUGGGCAAGCGAGCCCGCACGUCGACGCCGCCGCUGAGCGAGCGCGUCAUGUUGUACGUGCGGCAGGACACCGACGACGUCUACACGCCGCUUCAUGUCGCGCCGCCUACCACGCAGGGACUGCUUAAUGCUAUUGAGAAUAAGUACAAAAUUUCAAGUUCGGCAAUUAAUAAUCUUUAUCGAAAGAACAAGAAAGGGAUUACGGCCAAAAUUGACGACGAAAUGUUGGCUUACUACUGCAACGAGGACCUGUUCUUGCUGGAAGUGCGGCCGGCCAGUGCCAGCGAGGACGAGCCGCUCUACGACAUCACGUUCGUGGAGCUGCCGCUGGACCACUAGCCCCAGCCUUUCUACAGACUCCCCAAAUCUGACAGACGUUAGAUUCCCUUUAACUCUCGAUAAGUGGAGUAUAUUAUUUAUAUAUGAGAUAAGGAUGUCUCGAAAUAUGUCGAUCUCAGGUUGAAAUUAACUUUUAAGCGAUUCCUCACCAGAACAUUAUUGAAACUGGAUAUCACAAAAAGUUGAUCGCUAGAUGAAUCAAUUGAAUAGGAUCCCUUUUUGUAUAUACUUAUCUAAUUUAGUGCCUUAUGAAAUUAAAAAUAUAUGCGUAUGCGACUACAUACAUAUGUGAUGGCAAAAAUUGAUUUGAUGUUUAAUAAAGAGAGAUUUAUUUCCUUAAUUAUCUGAUGUGUAUAUGAAUAGUUAUCUGUUGCUGAAUAUGUGCCAUUCACUUGGAUUUCACGCUAGUUAUAUGUAUAGUUAUCAAUUCAACAGGUACCUUUAAAUCUUGCCAUGAUGAUAAAGUAAGAAAUUCUUGUCACAAAUCGAGGUAGAUAUUAUUUAUCUACAAAGAUAAAAUUCAUAAUAUGUGCCUUCGUCAUAAUAAUAAUUAUACUUAAUAAUCAUUAAAUGUAAGUGAGUUAAGUCAAAUUCCAUGCCAUCCACUUUGUUAAGUUUUAUUUUCGUAAGUUUGUUCUUUAAGUUCGCUCAAUUCAUUCACUAGUACACUCUACUUUAGUUUAAGAGUAUUAAGGCAGGUUUUCCAUUUUUGCAUAAUGCCAUUUGUUUUCUUCGAUAUAAACGGAAUAUUAGUACUUUUUGCAAUGCUUCAUUUGUCCUUCUAAUUCUUUACAAAAGUAAAGAAUAUACAUAUUUGCCGAAUGUUUAAAUAAAAAUGAAUUGUAUUUGGACGUGAAUAUAGAGAUCAAAUCUGCAUAAUAAAUAAAUAAAGUAGUCAUUUGAAGAUAGUCACAAGUCCGAACGAAGAAUAUUAACAUUAUCAUUGACGGGAGUGGUUUGUGUAUAUGUUACUUUAAGUUAAAUGUUAAAUACAUUUUGUUAUAAAUAAAUUGAAUUUCGAUACGUAAGUUAUCGGGCCAUGACAAAAAUUUUGUUUAUGUAGAGAAAAGUCUCCAAGACUUAAUAAUAAAUCUAAGAUUUCAUGUUAUAUGGAUUGAAUACAUACAUUUCUGAUUAUAAUUAAAUUCAGUUCGAAUACAGGAAUACUGUCAUUGUAAUAAUAGUUUAUUGACAUAAAAAGAAUUUAAUAAAUAAAAGUGCAUUUCUUGAAUUACGAACAAACACGGACAGAAAAACACAGAUAUUAUUAAAUAAGGUUUUCUCCACCGAAUCCGAUUCAAAUUCAGAACAAGGUUCUGUUUUUCGAAUUUGUUUUAGAAGAUAAUUAUCUUCCACGAUAUGUUGUGUGCCUGUGCCUAGAGCGGACGGUUCGAUUAACUGCCAUAUUAUGACAUAAUUUAGAAUAUAUAUUAGAUGUAGAAUUUUUAACGUAGUUUGUUUUUUACUCUCUGACUUGCAUCACUAGAUAUCGAAUUUUUAAUUAGGAUAGUGUUACUAUAUUGUAUUGUCUAUAAAAAUGUUUUUAUUAGCUGCGAUUGCGUUGUGACUUGUUCCGUCCUUCGCAUCAUUUCGUUUGGUUUUUGAUAAUACUGGAUCUUUAAUUUUUUGGCUUACACUCGUUAAUGACUCUCCACUGUAUUUUUAGUACUCUGUUUUCUGUCUUUUCUUAAUAAAAUGUAUUCACGUAGCCCGUAGGCGCAUUUGAUUGCUCAAAGUCUGCAUUUGCCAAUCCAUACAAUGUGGAGCGGACUCUUACAUUGUUAUUUCUAUACCUACUUAUACGUAUUCCGUAAUUAUAUUUAUUUAUGUACUUAUAAUUUUAUGAUAAAUUGUGCAGCUUUAAUUUUUACUUACAAUGAUGUUAGAUCGUGAUUCUGAAUCUCGUCAUAAGUCACAAAUGUCAGUAGCAAUAAUACAUAGAGCAGUUAAUGUAGUAAAUGGCGUGGUUGCGGCGCGCCGCCAGCCGGGAGCUGCGCUAGUACGCGGCCGAGGCAGUGCAAUGUUCAGAGUGUUGGGUGAGGGUCGGAGGCUCUGGCGGCGCGGCGAACCUCCCCGAAUGCAGAGAUAUUAGUCACACUAGUUAAACACAUCCAGAAAGUGGUAGCACAUUUUCGAUAUUAGAUUCUACUGUACUAAGUUUUAAUCGAAUAGAUGUUACGUUAUUAUUUUAUAUGAAUAUUUGUAAGUUGUCAUAAAAUAUUAUUAAUAUA